AUGCCAUCUCUACGUGAACUGCUAUCAAUAUGGAUCUCGACCCCUCUCGAUAAGGCUAGUCCGCGGAUUCUGGAACGAGAGCUAGCUCGUGACGCUAUUGCUGUUUUGGGUCGACUUCGCCGGCUUCGGGCGGAGGCCAGUGGAGAUCCACCAUGUUUAGAUAAACCAACUCCAUUCUCUCGCUUUCUCUGGGAUCUUGGUCAAGCCAUAAAACACACAAUCAGCGAGAAUAAUAAGCGGGCGAUUCGUUUCGUAGAAGUGGGAGUCAUCGAGACGUACAUCGACCUUGUCAAGGACAAGCACUUUUGGACGUGGGAUGUGCAAUGGCGUGCUGUGGUUCUCGAAAUUCUUGCCGUCGUCGUUACGUUCGCGCAAACCGAUCCCGCUGCUCAAGAGCGGAUAUAUGGCACCACUGGCGAUUUCUUCGGUCACCUAUGGAGUCUUAGGACCACUAUCAAAUUGUCAGACCCUGGGGCGCAACAUCAGAGUACCAUUGACGACACGACGAUGUUGGCAACCGUUGUCGAUGCCUACUACGAUAUCUACAGAGUACGCAAUCGAUCUCCAGAUCAUGAUACUCAUAUUCACCACGUUCAUUUCUUAAUCUGGAUUUUGUCGCGCGAAGAUGGGAGUAUACCAAAUAUUCCCUUGAACCCUCUAUGGACAACCUCCCUGUACUCCGCACGGGGUUCUGACCUUACCGCGAUGAAGGAAGUUGAGGAUAGAGUAUCCAGUUUUGUGGACGUGCUGGAGGAUCCCAGCCUUUACGACGUUCGGGAUCGGUUUUUCCGGGAGUGCAUACUCGAUGUCAUCGGGGUCAACCGCGUGAUAGACGCUUGCGAAGCCGAUCUACGAGACCUUCUCUCACAUACGGACUGUCAAUGCGAGUCCCAUAUCGCAGACCUCAGGGUACUCGCCCGUCAUGUGCUUGGUGCCAACAUGUUUUUACCCACGCUUCACAAACGGGAUCUACUUGGUUACGCAUUGGAUAUCUUAAGGAACUUAUUUGCGACAGGGUUCUAUCCUCCUAUGUGCACCAACCUCUGUUUAUUCUGCUUUCAAUUGGUUAUCCACUACUAUGCGUACCAUCUGCUGUCCGGGCUCAAGGCGGCCAUGCCCUUUCAAUACCCCGAUUUCAUCGAUCUUCUUGUUGCCGGAGUAGAGCUUGCUGCCGGAGGAUGCAGCUCAUAUGUCUCACGUGGUGACUUGCACGUGGUGUUGGUGGAGAUAACAGGGAUGGUCAUGCGACAAAUUGAGAGGGAUACCAUCGAGUGUAGAGGGCAGCUACCAGAGUACGUUGCCUCCCUGAGGCUUCGCGCAGCAUCACCUUCGGGGUGGUACCCAUCACUUCAACGAUUGACAGUCGCCGCGCCUAAAAUCGAGGAGAAAGAGCUCAAUGGAUAUGCCCCAGUCUCAGACGUGAUUGAGUGCUGGGCCAAAUUUGGAGCCUUCAUUGGCCUUGAUGCCGCCGAGGAGCGCAAACGAUAUGAACGCGGCAAACAAGACCAUUGCAACUGGCAUAAGUGUCGGAAACCCAGCGACGGAGCGCUUGAUCUCCGCAAAUGUGCGGGAUGCGGUGAGGCGCGAUACUGUAGUAGGGAGUGCCAGAGACUCGAUUGGAAAGAAGGAGGACACAAGAAACUGUGUCGACGGUUGAAGUAG